AUGCCUCCCAAGAUCCUGCUUCGUGAAAUCGCACCUGCCGAGCGAUACUUCUGGCGAGAGACUGCGGUAGAGCAGAUUUCUCAAAAAGUCUUCGAUCAGAAUCCCGAUUACCUCAAACGAGCUCUGCCAGAGAACGAGACCUGCGUGCUCGGACUGAAUGAAAUCGCUGCGAAGCAUCGUCGAGGAUACUUCUUUCAUUUACCUUCGCGUCCAGCAUGGACGACAGUUGCUGAUGAAGAGCGGGUUCCGCCAGCACGCACGCCCGCGUCAGCUCCAGGGCCACAAUACCCUACUAUGCUAUACAUGGACGUCAAAUGGAGUGAGACUAUGCAUCACGGAUUUGUUCAGGAGCCACAGCGAGGACGUUAUCYCCGUUCAAGUGCUCUGGCCAAUCCUCCGCCAGCAUACACUCCAUUGUUUGCAAUUCAAUACGCCUUCCAGAGAUGCCCUAUUUUCAUAACACCGCGAGACUCACUGGUGCUUUUUGGCACACCCGACGCAUACUAUCUUGCACAGACAAACACGCUUCUUCGAAUUCUGGGGCGUGACAACAAAGAUGACAACAAGCUCAAGUCUGCCAACUGGUUGUGGGCUGCCGGUUCCCUUGAUAAGGGCAAAGGCGCUGACAAGGCUUCGAGGAGACAAAAGUAUCUUGACAUGUCUGGUAUGCGACUCGCAACCCUCGAGGACUCAUACUUCAAGAUUGUGGACACCUGCUCUGGGGCCCAGCUUGAGCCCACAUACACUGCGGCAAUGAUCAAGAACUUGAUACCUCGGCCAGAUUAUCAUGCAGCAGGCUCAGCAGGCUCGCCCCUAGGUGCAGGCAUUUCAGCAGAACCUUCUUCGCGUUGGGGAGAGAUUCACAAGAAGAAGCAAAAGCUGGACGAUGACGCAGAGGUCUCAGGUUGA